GCGCUAUACUACGAAUACGUCGGGUGGCGACGCGCCGACCCGUCGCGUGCUAGUGUUGUGUCACAGCGGUGGGCCAGGUCGGUUUCGAGAUUUAUUCGUUCCGACUCAACCAUGGCUCUCAACUCGGACGGUGAACAGAAAUCGAACCUGGUCCUCCGCGUAGACCAGGAUUCUGACUCGGUUUUGCAGUCAUUAUUCGACACAGUGCUCAAGCCCGACUCUAAACGACCGCUACAGGUGCCUCUGCGUAUGCGACAGCUUCCGAAGUCGUUCUUUAACCCGCCGUCGACCGGUUCCAAGUCGCCAUCUGUCUCUCACUCGCGAGAAAACUCGGCCGAUUCGGCAUUCGGAUCGUCGUCCGCGACUGGAUCCGCUCCAGUGUCCCAUUCACGAGCACACUCCUCGCCCGCAAGUCUCCAACAGACUUAUGCCGCGGGUCAGCAGAACCAACAGCCGCCGCUGCCACACCAACAUGCCAAACAAAGGUCCUACGACGUCGGAUCACAUCUUCCAGACGACCUCGGCCCUUUACCAGCUGGGUGGGAGCAAGCACGGACGCCAGAAGGACAGAUAUAUUAUCUCAAUCACAUAACAAAGACGACGACAUGGGAGGAUCCUCGCAAGACCCUCGCAGCCCAAACGAUGGCAGGGGGUGUGCAGCAUCAAAGCGCUGAAGCGUUACUCACACAGACUGUCCCCACCUCGCCACAGAUAGCUGCUGCUACCCCAGCAGCGAAGAGUACAAGCACUAACACGCCGACAGAUCCUCUCGGCCCACUGCCAGAGGGCUGGGAGCAAGCCACUACACCGGAAGGAGAGAUUUAUUUUAUCAACCAUGCCGCCAGAACGACGUCUUGGUUCGAUCCUAGAAUACCGCAACAUUUACAGCGCACGCCAGCGUCAGCGGGUGCUGCUGGGGGCGGGUGGGCGAACGCCUCGAUACAGGCUUGCCAACAAAAGUUACGGCUCCAAUCACUACAGCUUGAGAGAGAACGGCUUAAGCAACGUCAGCAGGAGAUAAGGCUCCAGCAAUCUUUAAUGGCGCGGCAAUCUUCGUCCAUCGUGACGUCGCUGGCGAACAGCGCAGGCGCGGCGAGUACGGAGCUGCCGCUGGACCCGUUCCUGUCGGGUCUGACGGACCACCAGCGACAGGAGUCCGCCGACAGCGGCCUCGGCAUGGCGGUCACGCAGUCCUACUCCAUGCCGCACACGCCUGAGGACUUCCUGGCGGGCAUGGACGACCGGAUGGACUGCACCAGUGAAGCAGGUGCUAACCUCGACAGCGCGGACAUCACGCUCGGAGACACCGACGAUUUGGUACCCUCAUUGCAAUUGGGCGAAUUCACAAAUGACAUAUUAUUAGAUGACGUGCAGUCGCUAAUAAAUUCAACGCCGAACAAACCAGACAACGUCCUUACUUGGCUGUAAACGUGCAAAGUCUCGUGGACCUUCGUCUCAACCCGCAUUGUGCAUCAACGCGUUCGCGUUCCGCACAGAAUGCCCACAAACUUUUAAAUUAGGUAUUAUCAUUAAUAUAGAAUACUUACCGCGUCUAACGUCGACGCUUUGCAACAGUGUCGACGACGAAACGGUAAUGUUGUACAUUUCACUAAGUAAAUGACAGUUUAUAGCGUAAUGUGUGUAAAUGAACGGACGGUCGAUGCGAUUUCUGUACAACUUUGUCCAUUUUUCUUACCUGUCUUAUUAAUUUAAAAAAAAUCUUUUCUUUACUAUUUUCACACUAUGUAGUGACAGGUUACCUGUACUAGUAAUAUUUGUAUGCUCAUUAACAUUUCACUGGCAUUGAGCGAUAGCGUAAGUGGCUACUCGCAAAAAAAAUAUAGCUGCAAACUCACCAGACAUAACAUACCAUAGUGUUAAAAAUAUUAUAUAGAAAAUCACUUAUUAUUGUAUUUAUGUUAUGACUAAAUAGUAAAGAAAAGAUUGUUGACAUAAUCAGAAAAGUUAGAAAAAUAUAGCAUACCUUAUUACAACGAACUUAUCAGACCCAAAAAGGUGUCCAGAGUUGUAACUAAUUUAGAACAUACCGUAGUGACCUACGAAUUGCUUUACUUGCGAUAAUAUGGACGCUGGUUUUGGGUCAGCUAACUUUGUGGGAUUAUAAAAUGACAGUAUGAGUUCAAGUGUGAUUAUUUUUUUGUUGCUUAACAAUAUCAGCCCUCUAUAAAAAUACAUUGGAGCUAUAUCUAUUGUACACACAAUACCUGUAGACCUAUAGAUAUCAUGGAGAUUCGUGUACAACUGAAUAAGCUAAAGAUUUCGAGUAGAAAUUUAGUAGAUUUAUCAUCUAUAGCCGCUUAUUAUUCAGAAUUAGUUUUCGCGUCUCGGCAUUUAUCUGAAUGAGAUACUUACGAAUGCAAGAUUCUGCAUGAUAAGCAGAUAUGUUAUAUCAAACUUAAAAUUAUACGGUAUAUGAGCAUUCAAAAUAUCAAACGUCCACUCACUCAUUCUCGUCAUUUAUUAUCCUUUACCAUUCGUAUUAGAUUUUCACGCUAGCAAUAAUUUUUUUCAAGUAUCGAAACCUGUUGAGGUAAAAAAGUAAACUUCAUUUUCCUUAUUUGCAAGCUGUUCCGAUUUUUAUUGUGAAAACAAUUCUGAGCUCUCUUCUUAGUCAACGAAUGACGAAAUAAGCAUUACAAUAAGAAAAAUUUCAUCUAUUUUACUUUAACAUUUCGAUACGCAGAAUAGAUUAAAAUUGCGAGUGUACUAAUUUAAUAUCAAAGGUAUUGUUCAAAAGGAUGAUCAGUUCGCAGUUUCGAUUUAAGCCCGUAUAAUACAAAUACCCUAAGUGUAUAGUUCAAUGUUUACUAUAGCGUAAAUCUGUUAUUUAUUUCAACGUUGGAGGUUCAACGUUCAAAAUUUGACAUCUCCAUACAAAUUUGACAGAUUAACGUUAAUUCAAAGUUAAGUUUAUUAACUUCAGUUACAGGGGCUGAGUUUUAUGUCGCAGCAUUGUGUUAACUGAUUGUUAAUUGCUUGUAGUAAGGUUCGGUUGUUCGACAAUCGAGCGCAAAAGAGCACCUGCGGUCUUUGCAAAGCUUCUUUCUUUGCUGAAAGAAGUAACAUUGCUAUGUAAUUAAAAACUAAUUGUGAGUUAGGUUCCCAUACUCUUUCGAACAGACUAUCGGAAAUCCUUUCCUCCACAAAAGUAUGAUGAGAUGGGAAGACGAUUAAUGUUAUAUUAUCGAUGUAAUUUAGAUUGUGAUACCAUCUUGACGUAACAGUGCCUUAUUGUGCCUUUUAUACAAUUUAUUUAUUGUGUUUUUUAAUUAAGGUAACGUUAUAUUUCUACAAUUUUUACGAUCGGACUAUUUCUAUAUGUAUUAUUAAUAUUAAUAAAAUAAAUCUACUUAUUUACUUAUAUAGUAAUGUGAAAUGUUUUGUCUACUUACACCGUCCUUGUGUAUUUUUUUCGAGAUUAUGAUUAGAAUAGUGUUAGUUAAUCGCAACCUAGUUAGUUAUUUUGGCAACUAUUAAGUUUACUUAUAUAUACUUUAUGUUUGGUUCGAGAUGAACGAUGUAUUUUACGCGUGCGUAUGGAUCCCGCUAGGUUAACAUUAGAAAAUAAUCAGUAGGUACUCAUGUAGUUGCUGCGAGAGCGCUUGUAUUUCCUAAUCAGAAUAUGUUUGCCUUGUAAGUGCGUUUGUAUUUCCUGUGAGAUUGUAUUAUGCUCCGUUGCCUAGUAAGCGAAAACAAUUAAUACGUGGAAAGCGCAUUCAACGUACGUUUUCUAUCUCACACAGUACUCAACGAUUCAAAAUUUAAAACUUUAAUACUAUAUUUGACAAGCUCACGGCUUUACUUUUUAAUUUUCUGAGAUACUUAAAAGUGAUUCUUUUUUACAAAAGUUUGCCUAUUCAAAAUCAAGUCUUAGCCCACCUAGUCUCUAGAAUUUUUACGAAUUCAGUUAGAUGUUUUGAAAAUAAUGUUGAAAUUAGGCCUUAAAAUUUAAUUAAACAUACUACAUUGAAAACUUUGCCAUAUUAGUAAAAGUACUUUAAUCUUGUAAGACUUUAAUAUAAUUUUUCAUUUAUAUAAAUAAAUAGCAAUAAAUAUCAACUGUGUAACUAU